GGUGUAGUGGAAGAAAGGCAAGAGAAACGGAGUAAAUGAGAGCACUUUUGUCCAGAUUGUUGAAGGACUUAUCAACUUAAUAUACCGCCGAAACAUCUCCCUAUAAUGAGACGGACACAUUGUUGAAUUCCUGUCCAGGUAAAUGUCCGCGUUUCCUUCGCAUGGUUAACUACAAGAGGUCGACAGCUAGACAGGGUAACCACCAUUGAGAAGGCGGCUGUAAACCCCAGGACCCCGUCUCCAGGCUCCUGUACAGGGCUGCGUGAAGGAAACUUCGGAAACAAAGCUGUGUCUCUUCCUGUGGGAAACCUGGAUCCUCCACCCUGCCCACCAACAUGACCAAUGUGGUGAUCGUCAAGGAGGGAUGGCUGCAUAAAAGAGGAGAAUACAUCAAGACCUGGAGGCCGAGGUAUUUUCUCCUGAAGAGUGAUGGUACAUUCAUUGGCUACAAAGAGCGACCGCAAGAUGUUGACCAGCUGGAAACCCCCUUAAAUAACUUCUCUGUAGCACAGUGCCAGCUGAUGAAGACGGAACGGCCCAAGCCCAACACAUUUAUCAUCCGCUGCCUGCAGUGGACCACUGUCAUCGAGCGCACCUUCCACGUGGAGACCCCUGAGGAGAGGGAAGAAUGGACUAAAGCCAUCCAGACAGUGGCUGAAGGCCUUCAGAAACAAGAGGAGGAGAUGAUGGACUCCUCUCCGGACCCCAUGGACAUGGAGGUCUACCUUACCAAACCCAGACACAAAGUGACUAUGCACGACUUUGAAUACCUCAAACUCCUGGGAAAAGGCACUUUUGGCAAAGUUAUCCUGGUAAAGGAGAAGGCCACAGGACGCUACUACGCCAUGAAGAUCCUGAAGAAGGAGGUGAUCGUAGCAAAAGAUGAAGUGGCGCACACACUCACAGAGAACAGAGUACUCCAGAAUUCAAAGCAUCCGUUCUUGACAGGACUGAAAUACUCCUUCCAGACGCAUGACCGCCUGUGCUUCGUGAUGGAAUAUGCCAACGGUGGUGAGCUUUUCUUCCACCUGUCAAGGGACCGGGUAUUCUCAGAGGAGCGGGCACGGUUCUACGGUGCAGAGAUAGUGUCAGCGCUGGACUACCUUCAUGCUGAAAGAAACGUGGUCUAUCGAGAUCUAAAGCUGGAAAACCUCAUGCUGGACAAAGAUGGACACAUAAAGAUCACAGAUUUUGGCCUGUGUAAGGAGGGGAUCAAAGACGGGGCCACCAUGAAAACCUUCUGUGGGACGCCAGAGUACCUCGCACCUGAGGUGCUAGAGGACAACGACUAUGGCCGCGCUGUGGAUUGGUGGGGUCUGGGAGUGGUGAUGUACGAGAUGAUGUGCGGCCGACUGCCUUUCUACAACCAGGACCACGAGAAGCUGUUUGAGCUCAUCCUCAUGGAAGACAUCCGCUUCCCUCGGACGCUUGGUCCCGAGGCACGCUCGCUGCUCUCUGGCCUUCUCAAGAAAGACCCAAUGCAGAGGUUAGGUGGAGGGCCUGACGACGCCAAGGAAAUCAUGCAGCACAAGUUCUUCGCAGGAAUUGAAUGGCAAGAUGUUUAUGAGAAGAAGCUGGUCCCGCCGUUUAAGCCCCAAGUUACCUCGGAGACAGACACACGAUAUUUUGACGAGGAGUUCACAGCACAGACCAUCACUAUUACACCACCCGGACAAGAUGACAGUAUGGAGUCCUUCGACAGCGAGCGGAGACCCCACUUCCCCCAGUUCUCCUACUCUGCCAGUGGGACGGCCUGAACGACUCUCAAACAUUCCUCUGGUCCCACUAUCUCCCCUCACCCCACCCGACUGCACUCUCAAAAAGACCGCGGGCCACAGCCCCGUCCUCCCAGCAUUGUCUGCAGAUGCCGUCGUUGGAUGUAACAUUUACAAUCUGAAAGUUGUGUUGUUGUUUUUUUUUUGUUUGUUUGUUUGUUUUGGGUUUUUUUUACAGGAAGGAGGAAAUUCGAGACAAAACAAAGAUAACUGUUGUUCUGUGUGGCCUUUGAAGACUGACCACAGAGAGUGUCAACACUACCUUGCAUUUCCUGGUUGUUAUGUUGUAUACUGAGCAGGCAUCCAUACACCAUAACGAACGAGGAAAUGUAGUUAUGUGAUGCACAAAUUAGGCCACUGCUAUGAAUGUUGAAAAGGGCCAUUUUGUAUUGAACAUAUACAAAUAAAUAUGAACCAUUCAUUUCAAAUAGAAAUAGGCAUACUGUGGACCAAAAACAUCAAGUGAGCAGAGAGUGUGUGUGUGUGUGCUGUUGAGUGGGUGAUUGAAACUAUGUUUUCCUCUAUAAGACUUCUGAACAAUUCAAAAACCAUUCAGACCAAGACAUUUCUGGCUUCAAAAGUGAAUGUACCGUCUCAAAUAAAGUCAAUCUUUCUGCAUACUUACAUGUUGUAACACAUGGCUGAUUCUCAUAAGACUGAAAUACCAUCUUCUGGGGAGAAUUUUUUUUUUUUUUUUUUUUUAAAUCAUUUUUCUACUGCCCUGAUGCAAAACUUCCACCAGUCAGUCUGUUGUAUUAUCAUGCCGAACCAUGAUGGGUUUGAUAAAUCAAUUGUGCAAUACAGUCUGAUGUGAGGAAUGGCAGACAUGCAAAGAAUGCAGAGUGAUUAAUCAUUAUGGUAAAAGCUGGCCUGCAGUGGAUUCCUGUUGUAACUGUUUGUGCAUCAGAGUCACUGACGGACCCCCAGUUUCCUGUUCAUGAUAACAAAUAGCUCCUCCAGCCCCCGCCCCAACCCUCCCCCUGAAGUAAGUGCUUAUAGUUCCUGAUGCCUUUCUAUCUCAAUGUUCUGCCGCAGACACCUCCUGGUUUCCCUCUGAUCAGGGUCAGACAGCGCUGACCCAUCAGAAACUCUUCUCUCCUCUGGGUUUUUCCUCCAUGUACAGUACAGUAUUGGGUGUUUUCCACCCAGUGCAUUCACUGCAGCCUCAAUGAGGUCACAUAAUACACUUCUUUAGGAAUACUUUGCAAACAUACUGGGCUUCAGGGGAAAACACACACAAAGAGUCAUCUUUGAUUUGAUUCUUUAGGGGACUGUUGUCCCUUCACGAGCUUGUGAGUUAUUUAUAUGAGACCAGCGUUGACUAAAAUGAGUUUUACUGUGCCAAUGAUAUGCACUUUGCUGCCCCAAAAUGAUUGUAUUUGGACUCUUAUUUGUACUUUAUGGUUGGUAAAGACUAAAUUAACUUCUUUUAUAAUGUAAAUUCAAAUGUGGAUACAAAUAAAACAAGACUUGCUUGUUUGAAUGAUUCCUCCCCUUUUACAAAUGGCUGAGGCUAAACUGAGACUCAUGGGAACUGAAACUUUUUUUUUUUUUUUUACAAAGUGUACUAGGAGGUUUCCAAAAGCGCUUCAGUAUUUUUAAGAUGACUGAUAAUCAUUUUUUCAAAAGUGCAUCAUACGUUAUUGAAUGUAAUGGUUUUUACGAUUUUGUUUUCACUUCAGUCGUUUGCGAACCUUUUGUUCAGUUUUUCAAUCUGAUUGUUACGUAUUCCUAUGCACACUCACCCUUUGCUGUCACCUUCUGAAAAUAGGGAAAUUCAUUUUAUACUUUUUAUUUCAACUUUUUUUGUACCUGCCCUCCCAUAUUCCUGAGACUGAGGACACCAGCUUUAGUAAACAAAUAAUAUAAACUUUGUACACUGUUUUUACUUGUCUCUUUCAAAUUGAUGAAA